CAUCUGACGGAUCAAAUUUAUAAAAAUAUUCACGUCCGGUAAAAUCGCGUGAAAAUCUAUUUUUCACGCCAUGAAUUGGAUAACUAGUAAAUUAAAUCUACGUUUGUUAGUACUGCUUGGUACACUGCAGCUGGUGUGUAGCUUGUACGAGGACCAGAUAGGCAAAUUCGAUUGGCGACAGCAUUAUGUCGGUAAAGUUAAGUAUGGUGCAUUUGAUCCUAGUUCUUCGGAUCGAAUAAUCGUUGCUACCCAAAGUAAUGUCUUGGCAGCAAUUAGUUCCAAGACCAGCGAGAUUCUAUGGCGUCAAGUGUUGGAGAAAAGUCCCCGAGGAGAUGUAAAGCUAUUAUACGUUCCGUCCCAAGGAAACGGGGUUCAAUCGACUGGAAGCCGCUAUAAUAAAGCUUUUGAUGUGAUAACCGUUACUGGAGUAAGUCCAGCGCUUGUACGAGGUUGGAAUUCUAAUACCGGGGCAUUGGAAUGGGAAUGGUCCCUUUUACCAACAUCGCCGGAGAAGGCCGAAAGCGCUGAGUGGUUCAUUACGGAUAACAUUUUAUACCAUGUUAUCCCAGUAUGGGCAUCGCACAUCGAGGUUACAGAAUAUAUUGCUACAAGUGGUCAGCAGGGGAAGCAGGCUACAACUCGUCUCGAAGCCCCUUGGAUCGCCGAGGGAAACUGCGUACUAACUGCUCCAUAUUUUGCUUGUGUCAAAGGCGAACAAAUUUUAGCAAUGGAUCUAGUAUCCGACAGUGACCAAAUAAUCACAAAAAAUCUAGAGAAAGGCAUGUUAAAUCCACCAAGACGGUUAUUUGGUGACCAAGCAAUUAUUCAAGAUAAUCGAAUUUACUGGGUAACUUCCGAUCGGACAGUCCAAUUGAACCCAGAAGACGCCGUUCUAGUGGACGAUAGCAUCAUCGAAGGUGAGCGAGUUCUACUGCUCGCAUCAGUUAAUAGAGCUCAAAAUACACUGAAAGUUUCUGCAACGAAGCUGAUGGACAACACCCGGUAUGCAGCAAUUGAUUUUACUUCUGAUUAUCCGGAAACCCUGGGAACACCGAACAUAAUGUCGGUCCGUUGUAAAUCAAGCUCCAGUUCUAGUGGCCAGUUAGCUUGUCGGUUGCUUAUUUCCAGCGCGGACGGUGCACUUACUCUGGUACAGUCGGGUAAAGUUAAAUGGAUUCGCGAGGAAGCACUGGCCGAUGUUGAAACGGCAGACUUUUUGGAUCUAACCUUGUCGGAUGCGGAAGGGGCAAUCGAGGAAGAGUUAAACAACAAAAAUGAGGACAACGCUUUAGAAUGGGACGUGUUCGGUGCGUUGCAACGCCGCAUCACCAGUCAAAUAAGCCAUGUGAAAAAUUUGGUUUUGCAUGUCCUUGGCCUUGGUCCUGCGCCGUCUAAAGCUCAAAAGGCUGGUCUAGUCCGAGAUGAUUUCGGACUACAUAAAAUGCUGAUUGUUGUAACCAGCAGUGGUAAAAUGUUUGGCAUUGACAACAUCAGUGGUAAGCAACACUGGGUUCGAUACCUUCCGGAGAUAACCAGUUUCGGCAAUGGGCAAAAUAUGAAACUGUUGGUUCAGAGAACUUCUCGAUUCUAUCCACUGGCAGCACAAUGCGUUAUCCUUGGUAGAGAUAAACGUACUAAAAAUGGAAUAAUCUAUCAGUUCAAUCCAAUCACUGGACAACCCGUAAACGGGGGAAUCAUUCAGUUGCCGUACAAAAUUCAGCAGAUAACUCUUCUGCACGAGACAGGGCCAGACUUUUUGAAAGGUUUGCUUAUUCUGGAUGAGAAAAACGAAGCUCACGUAUUACCGGAAAGUUCUGCCAAGUACGCUAACAACGUCUACAUCUUCAGCGCUGAUCGUGAAACUACCACAAUCAGGGGAUAUUUUAUUGAAUUCCUCUCUGGGAAGCUUAGUACGAUUCCAAUGUGGACCGUAAAUCUCGGGGGAGCAGGAAAGGGACAGAAAAUUAUUGCAAUCGAAGGUAAAAAUCCAAUUGAACAUGUGCACUCACAAGGUCGCGUUUUAGCCGAUCGAUCGGUGAUGUACAAGUACAUCAACCCCAAUCUGGUUGCGGUGGCAACUCAUGGACCAGACAACAUACACAAAUACAUUUUGAACAUUCAUCUUUUGGACGUCGUAUCAGGAUCUAUUGUAUUUUCCAUGUCACACAAACGCGUUCGACCACCGCUGCACAUGGUUCACUCUGAAAACUGGCUCGUAUAUUCCUACUAUAAUGACAAAGUUCGCCGAACAGAGAUCUCAUCCCUUGAACUGUACGAAGGCAAAACCCAAACCAAUAGCACCGCGUGGAGUUCAUUGGAUGCCCCUCCGCUGCCAUUGGUGGAGCGACAAACAUACAUUUUACCAGUAGCCGUCGCUUCAAUGAAAGAAACAAUUACCGAGAAGGGCAUUACAAAUAAACAUGUUCUCAUCGGCCUUAGUACCGGUGCAAUAGCUGAAAUGUCCUGGGCAUUAUUGGAUCCUAGGCGCCCAGUGACAUCACCCGAAAAAGCCCGCGAAGAAGGCAUCAUUCCAUACAUGCCCGAGUUGCCGAUGCCUCACGAGAUAAUCAUCAACUACAACCAGACGAUUGCCAACAUGAAGGGCAUCUACACUGCUCCGUCAGGUCUGGAAAGUUCGUGCCUUGUGUUCGCUCACGGUUUGGACAUAUUCGUUACCAGAGUUGCUCCUUCGAAAACGUUCGAUCUGUUGAAGGAGGAUUUCGAUUACUUUCUAAUCACGGUCGUGCUUGUGCUACUCUCUAGCACGUCUUAUAUUGUGAAGCUCUUCGCCUCGAGGAAAGCUGUCAAGCAAGCGUGGAAAUAAAAAGAUAAUGAUUAUAAUUUAAGAUAUGCGCAUCAGUGAUAUCUCGAAGUCAGUAAAAGGACAUUUACACUUCAAAUUAAGAAUUAUGUUGAAUGUAUCUUUUCAUCCAACUUCGUCACAUUCUCGGAGUUCUCUGCAAGGUGGUUUUGGACUGGGAACAGCAUUUGUUUUUUUUCUUUUUAAAUAAGAGUACAAACAAAACAUCUGGAGAAGCAACAGUUUUGAUUUUUCGAACGAAUAAUAUUGGAUCGAAAAAGAUUACAUAUGUAAAAUUCGUCCGACAAAGCAAUUCGUCGGUUUUGAUGAGCUGAUUCAAAGUCCUGAAACGAAGAAGAUGCUUGAAUUAUACCAAAAAUAUGCGCCCAUA